CAGACCGGAUGUUCAGGGGAAGAGUGGAAGUUUGUGCCGUCCGGAUUUUCACCGAUGUCACAAGAAGAGUCGUGUCCAUUUGCGUCUUGUCAAACCUCAGGGUCACGUCAACGUUUGUUAGGUCACAUUCGUUCCUCUCAUGGUGACGAGGAGCUACCCGCCGAAUUUGUCAGUCGCUUGAAUCUUCUACAGUGCACGCACUGCAAGAAAUGGUUUCAAAAGUUGAGUCAACAUUCAUCACAGUGUAAGAAACGCACAAACGGUCAGGUUUCAAAGAGUGAAUACGCCACGUGUACGCCACGUGAUGAGAGCGUGGCUGUUGGUGAGUCUUCGUCUGAACCUGUCAUUCUGUCCGUCCAGGAAGCUGACGUUGGAUUCAAUCCUACACAGAACAGUGACGUUAGGGUUGGUGAGCAUGUUCAUACUCCUCGUGAUAACGAAUCGUCCGGAUGGCAGUUUAUACGGGACAUUUCUAUCGAUGACAUCGUGUCUUCUAUCCCUCCAAAAACUGUUCAAUCUAUCAAUCCUGCUGUCCGUUCUCUAUUCCAGGAAUGUUGUGCUAUGACAUUUAAAAAGGUAGAAGAGGAUCCAAUGGAUGAAGCCGCUUGGAAGCUUCUGUUUCUGCUGCCUCGUAUGUUGCUCUCUCCUGUGAGUCUACCCAGGGGAGGAAAGUCCAACACAUACCAACUAAAAGCUAUUUUUCGUAAAUUUCUCGCGUUUCAGUGGGAUCAGUUGGUUCAGUUGAGCAAACCUUCAGAAUCUCGUUCAUCUUCAAAUUCAAGUCACUCUCAGGACUCUCUCACGAAGCAAGCUGCCUUGAGACUUGUGAAAUGUGGCGAAUUAUCACGAGCAGCUCGCGUUUUGACGAGCUCUGGUCUAGCCCCGAUAACGGAUGACACAAUUUCACGGCUAUCUACAAAGCAUCCAUCUCGAUUCAUUGAUGUAGAUUUUCACUCACAAGAAGACCCACACAGCAUCAACAUCACAUCUUCCCAAGUAUCAGCAGCAGUUUUGUCGUCUCCCAGAGGCUCAAGCCCUGGGCCUUCUGGCUGGAGAUAUGAACAUCUGCGAGCACUACUACCGAAUGCAGCUACUGUGAGGGGCCUCGGUUAUGUGUGUUCUCUGAUUGCCAAGGGCACACUGCCUGCAGUUGCAGUAAGACUCUUGACGGCAGCUCGUCUUAUAGCAUUGCCCAAGCCAAACGGUGAUGUUCGUCCUGUAGCUAUAGGAGAAUGCCUGAGGAGACUGACUGCGCGCACUAUUUGCAGCCUAAAGAGGAAUGAAUUUUCUGAAUUUUUCUCUCCAGUCCAAUAUGGGGUGGCCACUGCGGGUGGGUCAGAGUUGCUGGUGCAUCAAAUCCAACUAUUACUUGAGAGCAACGAGGAUUGGGUAGUGUUAAAAACGGAUGUCAGGAAUGCCUUUAAUUCAAUCAACAGGAAUCACAUGAUCAACCAAGUAUUUGCAUCUUUUCCGGACAUAGCAUUUCAUGUGUUUAAGAUGUAUUCAGGUUUUGGUGAUCUGAUUGUGUCAAAAGGCUCCUCUACUGUAAAAAUAUCGUCACAGGAAGGAGUUCAUCAAGGAGAUCCUUUGGGACCUGUGUUAUUUUCCAUUGCAAUACAUCCUCUUCUAUUGAAGUUACAGUCUAAUCAAGCAGGGAUCAUGGUAUUGGCUUACCUGGAUGAUAUAUUUCUUCUUGGUCCACCAAAUGAAGCAAUGGUGGCCUUUGAGAAUCUGAGGUCUGAUUUCUCCAGUAUUGGUUUAGAAAUAUCAAGCAGCAAGUGUGAGGUCUUUUCGUCAUCCUCAGGCAUCAAACUUCUCGGAGAUCAAAUUUCAUCUAUUCCGACUACAUCCACGGGAACCACAAUCCUUGGGGUUCCUAUUGGCUGCCCAUCAUUUAUUCAGUCCCACUGUUCAUCAUUUGCUGACUCUGGAAACCUUUUGUGUGACCAACUGGUCGAGCUUGAGGAUCCACAGAGUGCGAUGCUUUUACUUAGGCAUUGCCAUGUUCCUAGAAUGACACACUUGGCAAGGUCAGUAGCACCAAAGUACCUCAUCGAAGCAGCUUCACUGCAUGAUCAUCUGACAAGAGAGUCAUUUUCAAAAAUACUGAACUGUGGUCCAAUUCCAAACGACAGGUGGUUUCAAGCGACACUACCGAUUAAAAAUGGAGGUUUUGGGAUGACAUCCAUUACAGAGAUAUGUCAAAUAGCCUUUAUAUCUAGCUGGGCUAAUGCACUGUCGACAUUACCGAUUCGAUUCCCAGCUAUGGAGAAUCAAAUUAAUGAAAUCAUUUUUGGAGAUGGUGCAGAUGGUUCUAUUAGAUCCGAGUUACUUCGAGCAAUUCCUCCUGGCAAGAUUUUUACUGACUUGCUAGAGGACACUAAGAGACUACAACAAAAAUUAACUCGUCAACACAUGUCUUUUGCUACUGCCCACAUGGUAGAAAACACUGCUUCGCCCAGAGAUGCGGCUCGCCUUCGCUCUCUAGGUGGAAAAGGUGCUGGCUCCUGGCUUAACACGAUUCCAGAAUCAGCAAAAUUCGCACUCUCACCUUACGAAUUCCGUUUGGCGUGUUUGCUGAGAUUGGGUCUAUCUUUGCCGGCUGUCAGAUGGAUUGAGCAGUGUGAUUGUGGAACUGCAUUAGACGAAAUGGGAUACCACUUGCUGACUUGUAAGAAGGGUGGUGGGCCUGUUUGGUCACACGAUUCGAUAGUAAGUGAAUGGGAUGACUGUUUGCGGCAGCUGCAGAUUCACCACAAAAAGGAACCGAGGGACAGAUACAAUGAUAGCAACAACAGACCGGACAUCGCUGUCUUUGAUGUUGGCUCUGGUGCCAAUGUAGAACUAGAUGUAGCCCUUUCACAUCCAUGGGCAUCGGACAUUGUGAGUCAGGCUGCUGAGAAAGACGGGGCAGCAGCAGCAAGAAGAGAGGACAGGAAGACAAAAAAAUACAGUGAGCUAAAGCUCGCUGGAAUGUCUUCAAUGAGAUUUGUUCCCCUCGUCAUGGAACACUUUGGUCGCUGGGGUGAAGAAGCCACAAAGUAUCUACAGGAACUAUCUCGCCGAUCAUGUGAUGAUGCUGGCAACAAUAACUGCAAUGAGUUUAUGUGCUUUUGGCGAAAGCGGUUUUCAAUAACACUACAGCGGUGCAAUGCAAAGACAAUAGCAAAAAAAAUUUCUAUUCUUACCUUUAAUAGUUGUAACACUGUAGAUGACUUUGUCACACAAUUUUACAUACAUUAGGUAUAGAUAGCAGUAUAGUUGUAGUGGCCGCAUAGAGCCUGCUUAAACUCACCUUCUCUUCAUUAGCCUGUAGUAGUGUUCAUGUUUGAAAUAUAUGAGGAUUAACAGACAAACAGACAUACAGACGGACAGACACACAGACAGACAGACAAACACACUGACAAACAGAGAGAUAGACACGCUGGCAGACAGACAGACACGAUGGCAGACAGACAGACACGCUGACAGACAGGCUGACACACUGAUAGAAAGACAUACAGACUGAAAGACAGAUGGACACACACACUGACUG